AUGGCUCGUCAUGGUAAAGGUCCAAAAACUAACAAAAAAAAGCUGGCUCCUGAAAAGGAAAGAUUUAUACAAUGUUGUGCUGAUAUCACAUUAGAGUUAACAGACUCUUUAACCUCGGGAACAACCAGGGAGAUUAACUUGAACGGGUUGAUUACUAAAUAUUCGAAAAAGUACAAACUGAAGCAACAACCGAGGCUAACCGAUAUUAUCAACUCUAUCCCAGAUCAAUACAAGAAAUAUUUACUGCCUAAAUUGAAGGCUAAACCAGUUAGAACAGCAUCAGGUAUCGCUGUUGUGGCUGUUAUGUGUAAGCCACAUCGUUGUCCUCAUAUAGCAUACACAGGUAAUAUCUGUGUUUACUGUCCUGGUGGUCCAGACUCCGAUUUUGAGUACUCUACACAAUCUUAUACAGGCUAUGAACCAACUUCGAUGCGUGCCAUCAGGGCUCGUUACGAUCCUUACGAACAAGCACGUGGUAGAGUGGAACAGCUAAAACAGCUGGGACAUUCUAUCGAUAAGGUCGAAUACGUUCUCAUGGGUGGGACAUUCAUGUCUCUGCCAAAAGAGUACCGUGAAGAUUUUAUCGUUAAAUUGCAUAAUGCACUCUCUGGAUUCAAUGGUAAUGAUAUCGAUGAAGCUAUCCUAUAUUCGCAACAAAGUUUGACAAAGUGUGUGGGUAUAACCAUUGAAACCAGACCUGAUUACUGUACUCAAACACAUCUGGACGAUAUGUUAAAAUAUGGCUGUACUAGACUGGAGAUUGGUGUUCAGUCAUUAUACGAAGAUGUUGCUCGUGACACUAAUAGAGGGCAUACCGUUAAAUCCGUUUGUGAAACUUUCGCUGUUUCUAAAGAUGCUGGUUACAAAGUUGUUUCUCACAUGAUGCCAGAUCUGCCAAACGUUGGGAUGGAAAGAGAUAUUGAGCAAUUUAAGGAGUAUUUUGAGAAUCCAGAUUUCAGGACCGAUGGGUUGAAGAUUUAUCCAACUUUGGUUAUUAGAGGUACAGGUUUAUACGAACUUUGGAAAACAGGUAGGUACAAGUCAUACAGCGCCAAUGCUUUGGUAGAUUUGGUUGCUAGAAUUCUGGCAUUAGUGCCCCCAUGGACAAGAAUCUAUCGUGUUCAAAGAGAUAUCCCAAUGCCCUUAGUCACCUCUGGUGUUGAUAAUGGUAACUUGAGGGAAUUAGCGUUGGCUAGAAUGAAAGAUUUGGGUACCACCUGUAGAGACGUUCGUACUAGAGAAGUUGGUAUCCAAGAAGUGCAUCAUAAAGUUCAGCCAGACCAAGUAGAGCUAAUCAGAAGAGACUACUACGCGAAUGGUGGUUGGGAAACAUUCUUAUCAUACGAAGACCCAAAGAAGGAUAUAUUGAUUGGUUUGCUAAGAUUAAGAAAGGCUUCAAAGAAAUAUACGUAUAGAAAGGAAUUUACCUCGCAAAGAACUUCUAUCGUUAGAGAAUUGCAUGUUUAUGGUUCUGUGGUUCCACUACAUUCAAGGGAUCCGCGUAAGUUCCAGCAUCAAGGUUUUGGAACUUUAUUGAUGGAGGAAGCUGAAAGAAUUGCCAAAGAAGAGCAUGGCUCAGAGAAGAUUUCUGUUAUUUCUGGUGUUGGUGUUAGAAAUUACUACGGUAAGCUAGGUUAUGAAUUAGACGGUCCGUAUAUGUCUAAGAAGAUUUAA